GUGCAGUGAAAAUUCAUGCUCAGCCGGCCCCUGCAGCCGGCCUGCCGGCAUCCUUCUGGUUCUUGCUGCUCCGGAUCCGUCUGAUCUGAUCCGUAUUUAUCCCUUUUUCUCAUAGAGGGAGAGAGACCAUGGUAGAGUGAGGGAGAGAGAUGGAACAUGGAAGCUUUAUGGGGGCUGCGAUCUACUUACUCGAUCCAAGAGUUUCACCACCCUCUCAUGCAUUCCCCCCACAAUCAUUUGCGCCACUCCAUUUGCACUGCCUUCUCUCUCCACCUCAGUCUCACUCUCACACUCUGCCUCUGUUCUCUCUCAUGGCAGGGCCAUGAUCUAUUUAACAUGCGCCCGGCCUUUGCUUGUUGCCUGCAUAUAAUUCUGUUCCUCGCUUGCUUCUCCUUUACUUGUUUAGCCACUCCUUCUCCUCCCCAUCAUCACCUCCACAACGCCUGCCUCCUCCCUCCUCCCUUCCUCCUCGUCCUACACGCUACUAGAAAAGACCACACACAAGCAAGCAGAGCCACACCACACCACGGGCUUCGCUAGCUCCCCACCUCGGGCAAUUCUCUGGCAUAAUCUAUUUCUUGGAUCCCUUGAGAGAGGAUCUAGAGCAGCAGUGGGAUCAGCGCGCUAUUCAGCGUCCAUGGGCCUCGACGUCGCGGAAAUAUCCGAAUUGGCGGAGCUCCGGCCGAUCCAGACGGCCGUGGGCGGCGCGCGGGCUACUGCAGGGCCGGGGGCGGACGAUGGCGCUGCCGAAACCGGCUGCGUCACACCCAAGGCGAGCGGCGCGCGGCCGGUCGCUGCAGGAGGAGCGGACGACGACGCUGCCGCCGACAACGGCUGCGUCACGCCGAGGGCGAGCGGCUCCAUGGCUAUGCUGCCCAUCGCGCCACUGAAGCAAGAUGACGGCGUCGACGUCGGCUUCGCCACGCCGCUGGCCACGGGUGUAGAAAUUGGGCCGCGAGACAGCUGCGGAGCGGGGGCCACUGCCGGCGACGAGGGCAGCUUCACCACGCCGACGACGGCCGACAGCGCGCUGGUGCCGGCCACGGUGUGCCCGCCCGCGCCGCGGAAGUCGGCGCCGGUGCCGACGAGGAAGCGCGCGCCGCUGCAGCAGCGGCUCUUCUUCUACCCGGUGCCGCACGACCUGACCACCGUCUUUGUCGCCGUGCCGCAGUGCCCGCCGCCUGCCAAGAAGAUGCGGGCGCACGUGGUGGAGUCAUCUGUGCCUCUAGGCACGUGAGAGGCACACACACACUCUCUCUGUCUCGUUCUUGCAGUUCAGCGCUUCACAUGCAUGCUGCUGCUGUUCGCCAUUGUCGCGACUGCGAGUGGGCGAAGGAAUUCUCCAGAGAAACGGAAGCGAGCGAGUCAACAUACGCGCAAGGGCUCUCCAGCGACGAGCGCCCAGACAAGAAGACACGUUGUAGUUGAAUCACUCAGCUCAACUCCUCUCUCUAAGAUCGAUGUGGGUCAAACACACGGAACGUACAAUAGCACUGAAGUUUAGCAGAACCACUCAGCUUCUCUAUCCCUGUUGGAGCUGAACCCCCCGGCUUCUUUUUCUCUCACUCUCUUUAUUGUUUCUCACAUGUACAAAUAUACCAGCUGUUUCGGUGA